AGGAGAGAGAUGGGUUAUAGCCCAAGCCCAGAUUUAAAAACUGAUGCCAUUACCGUAUCCCAAUUGGUUUACGAAUUUAAACUUGUUUAUAAUUUACUCUUUGCUCAUAAAUUUCUCCAAAAACCCUUUUCUUUUUUUCACUCAAUUUGAAGAAUUUAUUUACAAGAUUCACAACAUUCUCAUACUCCGCUCGAUUCUUCUCUCGAGGCUUGCAAUCUGUUUAGAAUUAGGAUCUUUGGAAGUAUGAGACUAAGGAAGGGGGAUCAAGUUGAGGUUUAUAGCCAGGAGGAGGUUUCGAGUGGUUCAUGGAGUUGUGCUGAAAUUGUUUCCGGUAAUGGCCGUACGUAUAGCGUAAGAUAUUUUCAGACGGAGGAAGCGGUGGAGAAGGUGCCGAGGUGGGCGAUAAGGCCCUGUCCUCCCCCCGUAGAAGGACCAAAUGUUUGGGCUGCUGGUGAUCUUGCUGAAGCGUUCCACAAUUCCUCUUGGAAACAAGCAAGAAUAAUGCAGAUCAUUGGGGUUAAUUGCUAUCUAGCAAGACUACUUGGAUCACCAUUAGAUGUUUUGGUUAGCCAAUCUUAUUUGAGAUUGCGACAGGCAUGGCGCGACGGCCAAUGGUUUCUCCUAGGAAAGGCCUUUGAAGAUUUGGGUUCAUUGCCUGGAAAUAAGCAGACAGUUCCAGACAUGGUGAAAAGUAAGGUUCAACAGCUAGUAACGGCUCUUCCUACCAGACAUCAGAGAAGGCCUUUGCUUGAAAAGUCCAAAAAACACACAGUGUCUAUCCUGAAAAGGAAAAUCACUAAGAAAGAUGUUACGUAUUUGCCUUCUUUAGCAAAAACUACUAAACUGUGCUUAACACGAGAGUUGAGUAGGGUUAGAUUGAGCUCCACCUUUCCUGCUGUAAAUACCGAAGUUGCUACAGGUUAUGUUGGUUUGAGAGAGGACAACCUUAUUCCAAGAACCUCAAAUUACAUUCACACAGUUAGCUGUGCUUCCUCUGUUGGUAGUAAUAAUUCCACUGAUGAUUUUUUCAAGGUGCCAUUUAAUUCUGUAGCUCGUAGUAAACAAGUCAAGGAUGAGGAUUAUUGCAGUGAUGCUGAAUCAUUUACAGGAAGAGGACAUGAGGAAGAAAAUUCAUGCUCCGAUGAGGAAGUAUCGGUUGGAUUCCACAGGUCAGAGCUAAGUGUAUUUCGUUCUUUUAUUAGGGUAUUGUAUGCUUCAGGACCUUUAAGUUGGGAAGACGAAGGACAGGUUUCAAGCAUUCGUGCUUCACUCCACAUAUCAAAUGAUGAAUAUUUGACGGAGCUGAAAAAUCUAAUGUCUGCUGCUAAAAAGACAUCUGUAUGAUUGAUUGGAGCAUUUAUUCUUUGUUUCGAAUUCUUACUUCUGCAUCCCUUGAUAUCAUUCUAUGGGUAAGUUUCACUGUGCAUCAUUCAAUUAGAAGUUUGGGAAGCACCCAAUUGAUUUGUACAAACCAUUCAGAAAUGAGAAUUGCUCUUCGUUCUUAAUGAUACUUAAGCCUUCUGUCAUAUCAAUGUCACUCUUUUGUUUCACUGGACUGCUCUGUUUGGUAGCGCUAGGAUUCAAAAUAGAGUAUCUAUACUGUAAAGAUUUUUCAAGAGUUAUUCUCCAUAAAUGAAUUUUGUCCUCUUCAUGUGAAGGUUCUUACAUUUCCUCUUAUCUGCUCUGGAUCUACAGUGUACUAUUGUGUUGUAUACAUUCUAAUCCUAUAAUGUCCUCAGCUGCCUAUGCGCUUCAUUUGAGGAAAAUAUGGGUACCUUCCCUUGUUAUGACAUGGAAUAACUUGGAGGCUUUGAGGGCUUUCUCAAGACGGUGGCUGUGGAUUAUACUUGGCUCCUUUUUCCAUGUAGACCACCAUGGGAUAUCACAUCCAAAUUCUUGCAAAUACGCUUACGGCAAGCCAUUUGAUGAGUAAUCCCUAGCUUUUUUAUGCUUUUAUUGGAGUCUAGUUUAAUUUAUGUGCGAUAUCAGUAGAAAUGCAAGUUGCUAACUGAAAUAAAUGGACUUUAUGAAGAAAGAAGAAAACUUAAAAGUCCCUGAGUUAUUCUGAAAACCAGAUAGAAUUAAAUUUUCUGUAGGUUGCAAUUACUAUGUGCCCUUCUCUUAUCUUUGAUUUCAAACAUGACACUCAUCCAUAUUUUCUUACACUUCGGGUCGUUUAGAAACCAAAAGGUUGAAAUUAUCUCUAGACGAUGUUGAUGAAAUUGAUAAGCCUGCAGUUGAGGAAUGCAGAGUGUUCUUUUUUGUUUUUCGUAGCGAAAAUAAAACGUUUAUGCUGUAGAAAUUUGUAUACUGAAUGACAUUGUGGCUAAGAUAUUUUCAGGUGAAAGGGGCAAAGGCUGUGAUGGCCAAUACUUGUCCCCAUCAAACUGCAAAACUGAAGUGAUGAAGAGAGACAUUUUAUUUGUUUCUCUGCAAUCAAUCAAAAAAUAGCUGAUAAUUUUGUUGUUGAACAGAGGUAGCCUUGAUCUUUCAUAUUCUUCUUCUGAUCAGUUUGCAAAGGAACUGGAUAAGGAGAAGAAUCGUAGAUCGAAGUAACUAUCAGGCCUUAAAUGCUUGUUAUUUCUUUGACAUUGUUGUUAGGAAAGGCUUGAAUUUAACUUCUUUGUAAAUAAUGGUGUAGCUUUUCUACCUAUUAUCAGUUAAUGAAGCGGCUGAGCAACUCAAAAUGAAGAUUGAGCUUCAAAAUUCAAGGAGAGAAUGCUCAGCUUCUCAUUGCUGCAGACAAGCUUCAGGCCGGAGUCUGCGGCUGAUGCCGGUGAAGGAAGGAGCUAAUUUUGUCCUCGUGCUUUUACACAGGCAAAGUGCUUCCUUCUCCACCACUGCUUAUACAUUUCAUAGCUAUAAAAUCUCUUGCAUAUGACUUCUCCUCAUGUAUUUAUAUUACUUGAAAUAGAAUUAUAUCAUGAAUCAUUCUAGAAGACAUAUAUUGUUGAGUUUUUAUUGCUGAUGCGAUCAUCUGAUUAGUUGAAUGUAAGGAAAUCAUCUUUGAAUCAAAUU